AUGUACAGUAUAAAUGUCAGUAAUAACAACGAUCAGAAUACUACUAAUACUAUAGUAGAUGUAAGUAGUACAUUAUCUGUUCAAAUUAAUGAAUUAUAUUAUGAUGGGAAAUAUCAUAAUCUACCGUCUACUGAAUACACAUCAUCAUCAUCUUCAUCUUCUUCGGGAUCAUCGUUGUCAUCAUCAACAUCAUUAUCACUGACAACAGUAUCAUCGACUUCAACAACAACAACAACAAUAAUAAAUGAAUCCAAUUAUAUUUCAUAUGCUACUAGUGGUCUUAAUCAAUCUCGUCCAAGUUUAAAUUAUACUUAUGAACAGCAAUAUUAUGUAAAUGAUAAUCAUGAAGAAUUUGAUAAUAAACAUCAUAAUUACUAUCAACAACAUCAUCAUUAUACACCAAUCAUUUCAACUGUACAUACUACUAAUAAUAAUGAUAAAACUAAUAAUAGUAGUCUAUAUAUUUCCACUACUACAACUUCUAAUGAUAAUAAUCAUAAUGGUUUUUUUAAUGAAAUACAAAUUAUAUGCAUUUGUGAAACAUUACAACAACGUGGUGAUAUUGACCGAUUGGAAUUAUUUUUACAAACAUUACCUAAAUGGAAUAUACAAUUACAUAAUUUAGAAUGUAUACAAGUUGCUAAAGCACUGAUUGCAUUUCAUCAUGAACAAUAUACUCAAUUAUAUCAUAUAUUAGAAAAUUGUAAUUUCUCACCUAUCUAUCAUUCUAGAUUACAAAAUUUAUGGUUACGUGCACAUUAUGCAGAAGAAGAAAAAAUUAAAGGUAGAAUAUUAGGCGCUGUAGCUAAAUAUCGUAUAAGACGUAAAUUUCCAUUACCACAUACAAUAUGGGAUGGUGAAGAGACAAGUUAUUGUUUUAAAGAAAAAUCUAGAAAUCUUUUACGUGAAUGGUAUCAUCAAAAUCCAUAUCCAUCACCACGUGAUAAAAGACAAUUAGCUGAAAUUACUGGAUUAACUAUAACUCAAGUAUCAAAUUGGUUUAAAAAUCGUCGACAACGUGAUCGUGCUACUGAUGUACUUAUAACUACAACAACAACAACAACAACUGUGACAACUACGACAACAAUGUCUAAAACACCAGUUAUGUCACCAAUAUCGGUUAAAACAAUGAUGACAUUGUUACCAACAGUUGUAUCUAUGUCAAAUGAUUCACCAACUUAUCAGUUGUCGACAAUAACAACAAAUGGAAUUACUCAAUCGGAUAUCAUCAAUGAAAAUUCAGAUAUUUUACCAAUGAAUGAGUUGAAUACACAAUAUAAUAAAAUAAACAAAGAAUUAUUCAGUGGAAUAGAUUUACAAUCUGAAAGAGAUUAUUUAUCUGAUCCAUACCACAUAGUUAAUAAUGAUCACAAUCAAAAUCAAUACAUCCAUCAUCAUUCUCAUUUCAAUCCUCAUCCUAUUCGAUGUAUAUCUCAAAUGAAUUCUUAUAAUGAACAAAAUAAUGAAAUAAUCACCGAUCAUUCAAAAAUGAAUCGAUUAAUGAUUGUUAAUGAAUUAGAUAUGAUAAAACAAACAAAUAAUAAUAAUAAAUAUUCAUUUAAUAUUCCAUCUAGUGGAUAUUGUUAUGGUCAACAAUCUUCAGUCAGUCCUUAUAUACAAGAAAAUGUUAAUAAUUAUCUUCAUUUUCAUGAAUUCACUUCAUCUUAUUUAAACAAUAUUAAUAAUAAUAAUAAUAAUAAUAAUAAUAAUAAUAAUAAUAAUAAUGAUAAUAAGAAUAAUAUCAAUGAAAUCAUAAAUGUAAUGAAUAAACAACAUUCUAAUUUAAAUUAUCCAUCUAUCUAUUCAAUGUCCAAUACUUAUGAUAAGCCACAUUUAAUACAAGAUAUUCCAUCAUUAAAUCAAUAUGAGAAAAAUAUUUUAAAUCUUACAACACAAUCAUUAACGAACAAUCUUAGUUAUUCUUGUUCUUCUUGUCCUUCUUCUUGUUCUUGUUCUUUUUCUUCUUUUUUAUAUACUUUAAAUCCAGAUAAAUUAAUAACCACCACCACCACCACCAACACAACAACAGAACCAUCAACCUUUUCAAGAUUAAACUUUGAAAAUACCAUUGAAAAUAAUGUAAAUAUUAUUGAUUUAAAUAAACAAAUCAAUCCUUGGAUAAAUUAUUCCAUGUAUAAUAAUAAUAAUAAUAGUCAACUAAUUCCUAAUAUUAUAACUUCACAUUCAACACAGAAUAGUAUUAUGACUACAAAUCCUAAUAGUAAUAAUGAUAAUAAUAAUAAUAGUAAUAAUAAUACAACAGUAUGGUCUCCAAAUGAAGAUCAUCAAACUAUAUUAGAAUUAUAUAAUACACAUAAUGAUUUAUUGAAUAAUAAUAAUAAUAAUAAUAAUAAUAAUAAUAAUAAUAAUAAUGAUAGUUCAUAUGAAGAAAGUUUAAGUGAUGAUAAUGAACAAAAUGAAAAUAUACAUCAAAAUAAUAUUUUUUAUUUUAAUAUAAAUAAUCAAUAUCCAUUCAAUCAAUUUCAUAAUAAUAAUAAUAUUGAUAAUCAAUCAAUAAAAUCGAUUCCAUUAAAAAAAUCAUCUACAUUUAUUUCAAAUCAUUUAAAAUCAAUAAAUUCAAUGAAAUCAAUACAAUCGAAUGAAAUCAAUCUAUUAAAUUAUGAUCAAAUUAAAAAUUCAAUUAUUAAUUCAUCACAAUUACCAAUUCAUUUACAUCAUUCAUUUAUUAAUAAACAAUAUUUAAAUCAUAAUAAUAAUAAUAAUAGUAAUGAUAGUAUAUUACAUAAUCAAUUACCUAACAACAAUAAUGAUAAUAAUAAUUCAAUAUCUACAACUGAUCAAACAUUAAAUCGUUGGUUACAUAAUAAUCCCUUAACAACUACUACUAAUCAAUUCAAUGAUAAUGUAGAUAAUUGUUUUAUAUCUGUAUUGUCAUGUCCAAGAAGUAUAUAAGACAAUGAAUUCCUUUUGUUUUUUGUUUUUUUGUUGCUGUUUGUAAUAAUUAGUAGCUAUUGUAUACAUAUCUUAGAUAAAAAAACAACUAACCUAUUGAAAAUAGAGUAUCCAUUUAAUCAAUAAUUGAAAGCAUCAAAAGCUCCUUUAUUUUACUUAGAUUGUGAAUGUAUAAAAGAAAACGAUUUGUUUUAUCA